CCCCUUCUAUUUGCAAACGCGUCACUUCUUGCGUCUGUUCUAUCUCGACAAAUUAAUCGUAAUUUUUGGUUUUUAACUACACAAAACGAUUGUUCGGUUGAAAAAAUUAUCUUCUUUUAUCUUCGAUUUGUUUAACGUGAUCGAUAUCAGACAGCUGUAAAAUUCAAUAAAUAUUAUAUUAACAACACAACGCAAAAUUUUUCUGAUUUCUUUUACUGUCUUUUGUCUUAUAUUUUGGCGCCACGAUUUGAAAAAAUUUCUCAGAUUUUAUGUUAAUUCAAUAAUUUACAUAUCAUUGACCUUUGUAACGAUAAUUUACUACAAAUAUUUAUACUUCUUGAACAACAAUAUCAUUAAGAUAAUAAAAGUUUUAUCAUAGGUAUUUGAAAUGAUGUGUACAUGAAUUCCUAUAUCUAGUUGAGGAUAACUCGAUAAUGGCGGAAAUGAUGAAGUGUCAGUUCGAACUGUCAAAGAUCAAUAGAAUAAUUUGACGAUGUUAUCAUUAUGUCUUAAAAGAUUUUACAUUUUGAGAUAUGUUUAAAAUAUAUAAUAUCAAUUGUGUUGUAAAUCUUAUAAUUAUUGUGCUUAUAUUUAAGAACUUUCAAUGCCAAAAUUUAAUAACAAGUCUUGUAUUUUUUAAUAAGAAAAUUUGUGAAAAGAUAAUUACAAAGUUUAUUAAGAGAUAAUAGAAUCAUGACGACUACACAAGGAACACCAGAAUCAGACACUGGAAGCUUUGAAUGCUUUCAAAAUUAUACAGCACCAGAGGUGUUCAUACAAGGACUAGCAGGAAUAGUAGAUCAGCAAGAUGUAGAAUCUAUGAUACGAGCUCAAAAACAAAUGUUACAAAGAUUUGAAAAAACGAAUGAAAUGUUAACUAAUUGCAAUCAAUUAUCAAUAAAUAGACUAAAGUCAGCAGGAGCUGAAUUUAAAAAGCAUACUGCUCUGUUGAUAGAAAUGAAAAAAGACUUGGACUACAUUUUCAAAAGAAUACGUAUAGUGAAAAAUAAAUUAAGUCAACAAUAUCCACAGGCAUUUAAUGAGGCCGUUAGAAGCAGUUUGGCUGAAGAAGUAAUUGUUGAGGAUAUUGAUUGUUCGGUAAAGCCAUUGGAACCAGAAAUAGUUCCUCUGCCAAGUGCUACAGUCAAUGAUACAGAGAGAGAUCCAGAUUCUGAUGUUCCAGUCGAGGAGUUUCAGUUCGCGAAGCUGCGUAAAAGGCGAAUUAAGAGCAACGACAGUUCAUCGACGGAGAGCAACAACGAUCAGAGUAUCGCCGACACGUCAUCCUGCACUUCCGACACCGGUUGAAUUUUCGCGCGAGUUGGCCAACGAGCUGUUUGAAAGGGAGCGGGAAAACUACGCGGAGAGAAAGAGAGAAAGAGAGAAAGAAAGAUAGAGAGAGAGAGAGAGAGAGAGAGAGAGAGAGAAAGAUAAAUAGAGAAGGAGAGAGGGAAAGAAAAUGAAUGAAAUAGAGAAGGAGAAGAUAAAAAGAGAAAAAGGAACGAAUGAGAUACUUGCGUGUUUAUAUCGCGGCAAGUCACGAUGAUGUUCGUUGCGAACCUUAACUCGACAAUAAAGAAAAAAAAAAAAAAAAAAAAAAA